GGCGCUGGCCCGCGAGCGCUUCAAGGUGGUCUUCGCGCCGGUGAUCUGCAAGCGGACGUGCGUCAAGGGCCAGUGUCGCGACAGCUGUCAGCAGGGCUCCAACAUGACCCUCAUCGGGGAGAACGGACACAGCACCGACACGCUCACGGGCUCCGGCUUCCGCGUGGUGGUGUGCCCGCUGCCCUGCAUGAACGGCGGCCAGUGCUCGUCCCGCAACCAGUGCCUGUGUCCCCCCGACUUCACGGGGCGCUUCUGCCAAGUGCCCACCGGUGGCGGAGCUGGCGGAGGGGCCGCAGGCUCGGGGCCGGGGUCAGGCCCCGGCCGCGGGGGGCCGCUGUCCACAAGCGCGCUGGCAGCCGAGGGCGAGUCGGGAGCCAGCAAACACGCCAUCUACGCGGUCCAGGUGAUCGCAGACCCGCCGGGCCCGGGCGAGGGGCCCCCAGCCCAGCACGCGGCCUUCCUGGUGCCCCUCGGACCCGGACAGAUCUCAGCGGAAGUGCAGGCCCCGCCCCCCGUGGUCAAUGUCCGCGUCCAUCACCCACCCGAGGCCUCCGUCCAAGUGCACCGCAUUGAGGGCUCCAACGCCGAGGGCUCAGCUCCCUCCCAGCACCUGCUGCCGCACCCCAAGCCCUCGCACCCCCGGCCAGCCACGCAGAAGCCCUUGGGUCGCUGCUUCCAGGACACGCUGCCUAAGCAGCCCUGUGGCAGCACCCCGCUGCCCGGCCUCACCAAGCAGGAGGACUGUUGCGGGAGCAUCGGCACCGCCUGGGGCCAGAGCAAGUGCCACAAGUGUCCCCAACUACAGUAUACAGGGGUGCAGAAGCCAGGGCCUCUCCGCGGGGACAUGGGUGCUGACUGCCCUCAGGGCUACAAGAGACUCAACAGCACCCACUGCCAGGAUAUCAAUGAGUGCACCAUGCCCGGCCUGUGUCGCCACGGUGACUGUCUCAACACACCCGGAUCCUACCGCUGUGCCUGCCCACCGGGACACAGCCUGGGCCCCUCUCGCACACAGUGCAUAGCGGACAAGCCCGAGGAGAAGAGCCUGUGUUUCCGCAUGGUGAGCCCCGAGCACCAAUGCCAGCACCCCUUGACCACCCGCCUCACCCGCCAGCUCUGCUGCUGUAGCGUCGGCAAGGCCUGGGGUGUGCGGUGCCAGCGCUGCCCAGCCGAUGGCACUGCUGCUUUCAAGGAGAUCUGCCCCGCUGGGAAGGGGUAUCACAUCCUCACCUCCCACCAGACCCUCACCAUCCAGGGUGAAAGCGACUUUUCUCUUUACCUGCACCCUGAUGGACCACCCAAGCCCCAGCAGCUGCCGGAGACCCCAAGCCGGGCACUGCCACCUGAGGACACGGAAGAAGAGAAAGGGGUGAGCACCAACGCUCCAGCGAUCGAGGAACCGGCAGCUCAGCAGAGCCACCCGACGGCCACCACUGCUCUGGCCAGACCCUACCCGGAGCUCAUCUCCCGGCCUUCGCCGCCCACCAUGCGCCGCUUCCUGCCCGACUUGCCCCCGUCCCGAAGCGCUGUGGAGAUCGCCCCAACUCAGGUCACAGAGACCGACGAGUGUCGCCUGAACCAGAACAUCUGCGGCCACGGGGAGUGCGUGCCGGGCCCGCCCGACUAUUCCUGCCACUGCAACCCGGGCUACCGGUCGCACCCGCAGCACCGCUACUGCGUGGACGUGAACGAGUGCGAGGCGGAGCCGUGCGGCGCCGGGCGGGGCAUCUGCAUGAACACGGGCGGCUCCUACAACUGCCACUGCCACCGCGGCUACCGGCUGCACGUGGGCGCCGGGGGCCGGUCGUGCGUGGACCUGAACGAGUGCGCCAAGCCCCACGUGUGCGGCGACGGCGGCUUCUGCCUCAACUUCCCCGGCCACUACAAGUGCAACUGCUACCCCGGCUACCGCCUGAAGGCCUCGCGGCCGCCCGUGUGCGAAGACAUCGACGAGUGCCGGGACCCCGCGGCGUGCCCCGACGGCAAGUGCGAGAACAAAGCCGGCAGCUUCAAGUGCAUCCCCUGCCAGCCCGGCUACCGCAGCCAAGGGGGCGGGGCCUGUCGCGACGUGAACGAGUGCGCCGAGGGGAACCCCUGCUCCCACGGCUGGUGCGAGAACCUCCCGGGCUCCUUCCGCUGCACCUGCGCCCAGGGCUACGCGCCUGCCCCCGACGCCCGCAGCUGCCUGGAUGUGGAUGAGUGUGACUCUGGAGACGUGUGUGACAAUGGCCUCUGUACCAACACGCCUGGGUCAUUCCAGUGCCAGUGCCUUUCCGGCUACCAUCUGUCCAGGGACCGGAGCCGCUGUGAGGAUAUCGAUGAGUGCGACUUCCCUGCAGCCUGUAUUGGGGGAGACUGUAUCAACACCAAUGGCUCCUACCGAUGUCUCUGUCCCCAGGGCCACCGGCUGGUGGGCGGCAGGAAAUGCCAAGACAUAGAUGAGUGCAGCCAGGACCCAGGUCUGUGCCUUCCUCACGGGGCCUGCGAGAACCUGCAAGGCUCCUACGUCUGUGUCUGUGAUGAGGGCUUCACCCCGACCCAGGACCAGCACGGCUGUGAGGAAGUGGAGCAGCCCCACCACAAGAAGGAGUGCUAUCUCAACUUCGACGACACGGUGUUCUGCGACAGCGUCCUGGCCACCAACGUCACCCAGCAGGAGUGCUGCUGCUCGCUGGGCGCGGGCUGGGGAGACCACUGCGAGAUCUACCCCUGCCCGCUCUACACCUCCGCCGAGUUCCACAGCCUCUGCCCCGACGGGAAGGGCUACACGCAAGACAACAGCAUCGUUAACUAUGGCAUCCCAGCCCACCGCGACAUCGACGAGUGCGUCCUGUUCGGCGCGGAGAUCUGCAAGGAGGGCAAGUGCGUGAACACGCAGCCCGGCUACGAGUGCUACUGCAAGCAGGGCUUCUACUACGACGGGAACCUGCUGGAGUGCGUGGACGUGGACGAGUGCCUGGACGAGUCCAACUGCCGCAACGGCGUGUGCGAGAACACGCGCGGGGGCUACCGCUGCGCCUGCACGCCGCCCGCUGAGUACAGCCCGGUGCAGCGCCAGUGCCUGAGCCCGGAGGAGAUGGACGUGGACGAGUGCCAGGACCCCGCGGCCUGCCGCCUCGGCCGCUGCGUCAACCUGCCGGGCUCCUACCGCUGCGAGUGCCGCGCGCCCUGGGUGCCGGGACCCUCCGGCCGGGACUGCCAGCUCCCCGAGAGUCCGGCCGAGCGGGCCCCGGAGAGGCGGGACGUGUGCUGGGGCCAGCGCGGGGAGGACGGCAUGUGCGCGCGGCCCCUGGCCGGCCCGGCGCUCACCUUCGACGACUGCUGCUGUCGGCAGGGCCGGGGCUGGGGGGCCCAGUGCCGGCCCUGCCCGCCGCGGGGCGCCGGGACCCAGUGCCCGACCUCGCAGAGCGAGAGCAACUCCUUCUGGGACACCAGCCCGCUGCUGCUGGGGAAGCCCCCGCGGGAGGAGGACAGCUCCGAGGAGGACUCCGACGAGUGCCGCUGCGUGAACGGACGGUGCGUGCAGCGGCCCGGCGGCACCGUGUGUGAGUGUCCCGGCGGCUUCCAGCUGGACGCCUCGCGCGGCCGCUGCGUGGACAUCGACGAGUGCCGAGAGCUGAACCAGCGCGGGCUGCUGUGCAAGAGCGAGCGCUGCGUGAACACCAACGGCUCCUUCCGCUGCGUCUGCAAAGCCGGCUUUGCGCGCAGCCGUCCGCACGGGGCCUGCAUCCCCCAGCGCCUCCGCUGACGCCGCUCGGAGGUCCCGGGACCUCGGCCGCCCCUUCCCGAGAUUAGGUCAACGCCGCCCCAGCACGCGAGCGGGCGGGCGAACUUGGCCUCUCGCUUCCAUCCCGACGUGGGGCUCAGCCCCGGGGACCCUCUCUGCGCUGGCCCUCGUCUGGAGGGUGGUGUCCAGGGGCGGCUGCUGGCCUUCCUCCCGGGGGCGGCUCCUAGGAAGUGACCAACCAGAUCGCGCCUCUUUCCUCCGCUUCGAAGCAAGCCGACUUUCGGUCCGGUCCGGGAUGGGCUCGCCCUCCGCCAUCGGCAGCAGCAGCGGGACCCCAGCCUUCCUUGUCCAGGCUGCCAGACUGAGCCCAGCACCGCGGUUGUGAAAUAGAAUUUAUUGUGGCUUGAUUAUCACAGUUUGUACAAUAAAUACAGGGCCGGGAGGCGCCCAGGCCAGUGGCUCAGUCCAGCUUCCGGGUCCCCAGCUUCAUGGGGCCCUUGGCUGCCUUCCUCUCGGCCCGCUUGGCCUCCAUCUCUCUGCGACGCUC